GAAUAUUUCGUAAAACUUGCGAAAUGGACAAUUUCGAUAGCACGAAUCAUUCUGAAAUAUCGAGCAAAAAAUUAUAUACCGUAGAGGUACGAUGUCAAGCUGAUAGCGGGACGUUGGGCUUUCUCGAUCAUUACUUUCUCGUCAUUGGCAAUUUGGAGUACCACUUAGGUCUUUUCGUAAAGGGUUCGGUAAUACCGAUCAACUCGACCAAGGGGUCGCAUGUGGUAUGUGAAAAGACCGUUUGCGAAGAGUGCUACAAAAAAAUAAUGGAGUUUUAUGAAACAAAGGAGGAUAAACGGUUGUUUAACUUUUACCCCUUCAUCAAUUGCGAAACAUUUUCCACUGGUUUGAGCUUUCAGGCUAUGUCUAUGAUCUUUGCACCGUUCAUCGCAGGACUACUUCUUUUCUGUAAAUUCCUUUACGCCAUUUUGCUGGGUCUCAUCGCGACUAUAACGUUUCUCGGACAAAGCAAAUACAAUUUCAGUCGAACGCACAAAUUUUCGUGUCGACAUAUAACGCAGAGAGGAAACCAAUGAGUUUUUUUUU